AGGGGAUUCACCCCUUUCCGUAUUUAUUGGCAACAUUUCAAGCUCAGUUUCUGCUUACCCUACCCUUUGCGCUUCCAAUAAAGUAUCUAAAAUCCUAGAAACAAACAACAAUGACUGCCAAACGCCGUCUUCAAGCUCUCAGUCAGCAGCUGGUCGAAGGCAUCCCCGACGCCGGCACCUUCGAAGACAUUCCCCGGAUCCGAACCAUUGCCCCCGACUCAGUAGGCCCUCGUGUAAAGGAUAAAGUCGCUAUCGUCACCGGCGCCAACUCCCCCACCGGCAUCGGCCGCGCCGCUGCCCACCAAUACGCCCACAACGGCGCCAAAGCCGUCUACCUGUGCGACUAUUUGGACAACCACCUCGCUACGCACAAGCGCGAGAUCGAGUCCCUUUACCCGGAUACUACAGUUCACAUCCGUCAAUUCGACGCCGCCGACGAAGCCUCCGUCAAAGCUGUCGUUGAAGACGCCAUCCGAGAGCACGGGCGGCUGGACAUCUUCUUCGCCAAUGCCGGCGUCGUGGGGCAGCAGAAGCUAUUGACGGAUAUCUCGGCCGAGGAGUUUGCGGAGACGUUGCGGGUGAAUACUGUUGGCGUAUUUCUCGCCGUCAAAUAUGCUUCCACGGCGAUGCAGCAGACGUCAUCCACGAAGCGUUACCCAGGCGGUUCCAUCAUCUGCACGGCAUCGAUUGCGGGUCUCCGGUCCAAUGGGGGCUCGACGGACUACUCGGCUUCCAAGGCGGCAGUGAUCAAUAUCGCGCAAACGGCCGCUUUCCAGAUGGCGGGGACCGGGAUCCGGGUCAAUGCCAUCUGUCCCGGGCUGAUUGAGACGGGGAUGACGCAGCAGAUGUUUGACGCGGCGCGCGCCCGCGGUACGCAGCGCAAGCUCGGCCAGUUGAACCCCUUGCAGCGGGGUGCAAUCGCUGACGAAGUUGCGCGAGUCGCCCUGUUCUUGGGCAGUGAUGAGAGUAGCUACGUCAACGGGCAGGCGUGGGCGGUUUGCGGCGGUCUGAGUGCUGGUCACCCAUUCGUCCCGGGCAAACUGGCCUAAGACAUGGGAACAUGGAGAAAGGAGUUCGUGUAAUUAAUAAGUAGUUCUGGAAAACCGUUCAAUUAAUGUGAGAUGACCCGC